AUGCUUGUGCAGCUGACCCUCAGCAGCGGCAGCAGCAGCACACUCCCCCCGAAGUGUCACAACGUGUCUGACUCACGCGGUUGCCACAUCGCCUCAUCAAGAGCAUCCACGCAUUAUUCAGGGCAUCCUCAUUAUAUCAGUUCCACUGUUUGGACAGCCUUCACAAAAGCAAAAGCUGCGAAUCCCUUUAAUCCAUGCCCGCUGACCCCCCCGCCCGCCGCAGAGCACCAGCUGGACGCCUCCGCCUCGGCCGCCGCAGCCGACUACUCCAUGGCGGGCUUCGUGGUCGGACCGAUAGUCGUCGGAGACCGCGGCUACAUGUCGUACGAGGAGGGCCCCUCGCCCGCCAACAGCGUCGUCCGGUGUCCCUUCCGCCUGGAGGAGGGCCAGGAGGUGGCCACGGUGGUGUGGCGCGUGCAGAAGAAGGGGCGCCGCCUGGGGAGCUUCAAGUGGAAGCCCAGCGGACCCAAGACAGCCUUCGGCCUCCUCCGAGGGAAGGUCAGCCUGACCCGGCCGGACAGUGACCUCGAGCUGACCUCCCUCAAAUACAACAUGGCAGCCAACUACAGCUGCGUCGUGAGUCUCACAGAUGGCACCAAGGGAACAGCUGAGGACGAGGUGUUGAUCGUGGACACCACGGGCAACGAGCAGUCGCUCUCCGUGCGCGAGGACGAGCAGACGUGCGCGCUGGCGGUGACGGAGAGCACCUACGUGUACCCGGAGCCCCAGAUCAGGAGCGGCAUGUUCUCCGAGCAGGUGGGCGGAUUCUACCAGACCUUCAACAACUGGGAGGUCCUCAAGCACAAGAACGGAUCCGCCACGUACUCUUACCACGACCAUAUGAUUUACGUGGACAGCAACACGCCCACCGACGCCACCUACAGGAGCGAAGUCAGCGUCAUGAAGUCCAACGGGGACCUCGUUCCUGUGACGACGGCUUCCAGAAUAUACGUGCCGCGGUUCGAGCGCAGCUGCCGGGACCUGGAGUUGGCGGCGAACCAGGCCGUCGCCUACAACUCGUACCAGAGGACCUGCUUCGGAGGAAUCAGGAGGCCGGACGCCGAGCCGCUGAAGGCGGAGGUCACGUGCGCAGAUGGCUACGUGCCCCGCGACCACAUCCCGUCCGUCACGAUGACCUGCCAGCACCGAGGAGGCAACGACUACGAGUGGUUUCAUGGGGAAGAGGGCUAUGUACCUCAGCAUCUAAUCUGCGUUGUGCCACCUUCGACCACCGAGCCGUCAACGACAACAACAACCACCACAACAGAAUCUUUCCGGCCGUACAAUCAGCCUGGAUAUGACUAUGGAUACGAUUACAUGCCCCCAGAAUCAGAGUACGACGGAGGCGACGACUACGCGGAGGAGGAGGAAGAGGAGGAGGAGGAGGAGGACUACUACGGCGAGGAUGAAGCCGACGCCGGCAACGAAGAGCCCUACGGCGGCAGGCUGGACUACAGCUACGUCUACGAGCCCGAUCCUUUCCCGAGGGGCACCGAGGCACCCGAGCAGGACGGCGCCGCGGAGUACGAGGAGGAGCAGCCGGAGGAGGCCGAGCAGGCGGCCGAGACCCACGAGCAGUGCCUGGACUGCGGCUCCGACAUCAUCAUGGAGGUGCAGAGCGGCGCGCGGGGCGUUGUGGCCUCGCCGGGCGCCGCGGCCGCCUUCGCGCUGCUGCUGCUGUGCCUGCGUCGCUAGAGGGCGCGCGGCCCUCUGGCCCGAGGCGAGGGCGUCGCCUGGCGGGCGGCGCCGCCUCGCGCGUGUGGUGCGGCUGUGUAUAUAUGCAUGUCUGUAUCCAUGUGUGUAUCCAUGUGUGUACGCAUGUAUAUGAGUGUGUGAAGAUACAUAUAUGCCUACAUAUGUAUGUGUGAAUGUAUAGUAAUAAAUGAAUAUAUAUAUACAUGUAUACAUAUGUAUAUAUGUAUAUAUACAUAUACAUAUAUAUGCAGAAAAUACAUAUAUAUAUGCAUGUGUAUGUAUUAUAUACAUAUGCAUACAUAUAUAUAUAUAUAUAGAUAUAUAUUUAUACAUAUAUGAAUAUAUAUACAUAUAUUUAUACACAUAUACUCAUAUAUACACCUACCU